CUGCGCAUGCGCGCCGCUCCGGGCGCUGAAAUUCAAAUUUGAACGGCUGCAGAAAGCCGAGUCUGACACUGGAGGCUGGGGGAAGAGAAGAGUUGGUAGUAGGUGAAUUCCCCUGUCGGGGACUGCUUGUUUUGUCCAGGAGACACACUGAGCUCCAGACUCACUUUUCUUUUCCUGAAUUUGAACCACCCUUUCCGCCGUCUCAUAGUGGACACGCGACGCCUGGGGCGAUGGACCCGUUUACGGAGAAACUGCUUGAAAGAACCCGUGCCAGGCGGGAGAACCUGCAGAGAAAAAUGGCUGAGCGGCCCACGGCUGCUGCCAGGUCUGCAGCUCAUGCCAAGCGACUCAGGGAGCCGCUCUCUGAAGCAAGUAACCAGCAGCCCCAGUCUGGUGGUGAAGAGAAAUCGUGUACAAAGCCAUCACCAUCAAAAAAGCGCUGUUCUGAUAACGCCGAAGUAGAAGCUUCUAAUUUGGAAAAUAAGCAGCCAGUUGAGACAGCUGCCGUGAAAUCUUCUUCUGCUAGCCUUGCGUCUCCUCAGGCACAGCCAGCAGCACCCGCUGGGGUCAGGGACCCUGUGGCUGCCCCAGCAGCACUGCUGGGCUCGGGGAGAAAGCUGAACUCGAGACUGGAAGCAGCGGCAGGCUCCUCAGUUAAAACACGCAUGCAGCAACUUGCAGAGCAGCGGCGCCACUGGGAUAACGAUACAGCAGAAACAUUUUCAGAUGAUGUACCCCCAAGCUCCCUCAUCUCUCCAGUACCAUCCGAGGAAAAGGCUUCCUCCCCUCCCAAACCCUCCAUUUCUGGGGCUUCAGCAGCCCCGAUUGGGAGAAGGGGCCGCCUGGCCAACCUUGCUGCCACCAUUUCCUCCUGGGAAGAUGAUGUAAGUUACUCAUCUGCAAAGCAAAACAGUGGACAAGAACAGCCUGGUACCACUUGUUUAUCCAAAUUUUCCUCUGCAAGUGGAGCAUCUGCUAGGAUCAAUAGCAGCAGUGUUAAGCAGGAAGCUACAUGCUGUUCCCAAAGGGAUGGCGAAGCAGCUUUGAACAAAGCCUCGUCCUGCAGUGCUGCCACUGCCUCUGUGCUUCAUGCCUCAGUUUCCAGCUCUGUGAAAGCUGCUGCUUCCCCUGUAAAGUUGUCUGCAUCCACCACCAGCACUAAAAACUGUGAGGUACAAAAUCCUGAGGUACUGCAAAACACCGCUAGUCCUCUGAAAACAGAGGUGUCGGAACCUGCUGGGAAGUCCGCUUUAUCCCAGGGAGCUGGGGCCAAAGAAGAAGGAAACAGAGAAAUUUGUCUGCAGUCUCAGUCUAAAGACAAAUCUACUACUCCAGGAGGAAGAGGAAUUAAGCCUUUCCUGGAACGCUUUGGAGAGCGCUGUCAGGAACGCAGCAAAGAAAGCCCAGCUCGUAGCACACCCCAUAAGACCCCUGUUAUAACCCCAAACACAAAAGCCAUCCAAGAAAGAUUGUUCAAACAAAAUGCAGGUUCAUCUACUACCCAUGCAGCACAACAGCUCAAGCAGGAACGCCAGAGAGAACUAGCUUGUCUCCGAGGCCGAGUUGACAAGGGCCAUUUAUGGAGCACAGGAAAAGGCGGGGACUCAGCAAGCAAGCAGACAGAAACCAAACAGGAAGUUCACAGUCAGGACACUCCCCUCAAGAAACAUCAAGUUGUCUCCAAAGCCCAAUCCCUCCCAGUAGUAGACACGGUGACAGAAAACCAGAUACCGGCAAAGAUUUCUAGUACGGAACCUGCAGGUUUCACUGAAUGCAACAUGACAAAGUCUAGCCCUUUGAAAAUAACGUUGUUUUUAGAAGAGGAAAAGUCCCUGAAAGUGACAUCAGACCCAAAAGUCGAACAGCAGACUGAAGUGGUACGUGAAAUUGAGGUGAGUGUGGAUGGUGAUGACGCCGAGGAUAUCAACAGUUCAAAAGUGAUUAAUGACCUCUUCAGUGAUGUCCUCCAAGGAGGUGACCUGGAUGUGGAGCAGAACCAGGAGGAGAUGGAUCAGGUGAUAACAGAGAGCAGUGAGGAGCAGGAGGAUGCACUGAACAUCUCUUCCAUGUCUUUACUUAUGCCCUUGGCACAGACAGUCGGGGUAGUGAGUCCAGAGAAUUUCAUUUCCUCGCCUAAAUUGGAAUUGAAGGACACUAGUGUAAGUGAUGAAAGUCCCAAGCCAGGAAAAUUCCAGAGAACCCGUGUUCCUCGAGCAGAGUCUGGGGAUAGCAUUGGUUCUGAAGAUCGAGAUCUUCUUUAUAGCAUUGAUGCGUAUAGAUCUCAGAGAAUCAAAGAAACAGAGCGUCCUUCAGUAAAGCAAGUGAUUGUUCGGAGGGAAGAUGUUACUUCCAAAUUGGAUGAGAAGAAUGCCUUGUCUGGUCAGGUUAACAUCAAACAGAAAAUGCAGGACCUCAAUAAUGAAAUAAAUUUGCAGCAGACAGUGAUAUAUCAAGCUAGCCAGGCUCUUAACUGCUGUGUCGAUGAAGAGCAUGGCAAAGGCUCCCUGGAAGAAGCUGAAGCGGAGAGACUGCUUCUAAUUGCAACUGAGAAGAGAGCACUUUUGAUUGAUGAGCUGAAUAAACUGAAGACUGAAGGGCCUCAGAGGAGGAACAAGGCUGGUCCCACAGCCCAGAAUGGAUUUGUCCCAUCCAGAGGAUCAGUGACUUUGUCUGAAAUCCGCUUGCCUCUGAAAGCAGAUUUUGUAUGUGGUACAGCUCAGAAAUCUGAUGCCGCCAAUUACUAUUACUUAAUUAUGCUAAAAGCGGGAGCUGAAAAUAUGGUAGCCACACCAUUAGCAAGCACUUCGAACUCUCUUAAUGGCGAUGCUCUGACAUUCACUACUACAUUUACUCUACAAGAUGUGUCUAAUGACUUUGAAAUAAAUCUUGAAGUUUACAGCUUGGUACAAAAGAAAGAUUCUUCAGGCCCUGAUAAGAAGAAAAAAACAUCCAAGUCCAAGGCUAUUACUCCGAAGAGACUCCUCACAUCUAUAACCCCGAAAAGCAGCCUUCACUCUUCAGUUAUGGCCAGUCCAGGAGGCCUCCACGCUGUGCGCACCAGCAACUUUGCCCUCGUUGGGUCUUACACACUGUCAUUAUCGUCAGUAGGAAGCACUAAGUUUGCUCUUGACAAGAUAAAUUAUGAUGUAAAAGAGCAAGAGCUACUGGGCUAUUUGUUCCAGGAAAAGGUGCCCUUUUUGUCUCCUUUGGAAGGUCACAUUUGUUUAAAAAUAAACUGUCAAGUGAAUUCAAGUGCUGAAGAAAAAGGUUUCCUGACUAUAUUUGAAGACGUAAGUGGCUUUGGUGCCUGGCAUAGAAGAUGGUGUGUUCUUUCUGGAAACUGUAUCUCUUAUUGGACCUAUCCAGAUGACGAGCGGCGGAAGAAUCCCAUAGGAAGGAUAAACCUGGCCAAUUGUACCAGCCGCCAGAUAGAACCGGCCAACAGAGAAUUUUGUGCAAGACGUAACACUUUUGAACUCAUUACUGUCCGUCCACAAAGAGAAGAUGACCGGGAGACUCUUGUCAGCCAAUGCAGGGACACCCUCUGUGUCACCAAGAACUGGCUGUCUGCAGACACAAAAGAGGAGCGGGACCUGUGGAUGCAGAAACUCAACCAGGUGCUUGUGGAUAUUCGCCUCUGGCAGCCGGAUGCAUGCUACCAGCCUAUUGGAAAGCCGUAAGCUGCAGGAAUUUCCACAUCAUGUGGAGAAUUUCUUGUGCAUGUCAUAAGUGUAUCUCAAGAAAACAUACUUUAGAGCAUCAGAUUUACUGAUUGCAUUUUGAGCUUUACACAGGGAAGGGUUUGUGCAAAUAUUCACUACAUAUUAUGCAGUAUUUAUGUCUUUUGUAUGUAAAAUGUCAACUGCUUUCUGUCAUUUAUAAAUGAUUGGAAGUCAAUUCAUUAUAGUUGUUGUUGCUAAAUCUUAGAGUCUCAUUUUCCUAGAAAUAUAAUUGUUCAGUGUUCAUCACAAAGUAUUUUUUUAAAAGUAUGAAACUCCGAGUUGUUCUCUUAGAGCUGUGGGUCUUGAAGCAGCAAGAUCUUCCAGGAAUGGGGACAGACACCUCCAGUUUGGUGAUCUCUUCUUAGGCUCAGUAGGUUUUUCAGAAGUUAAUAAUCAUCUCCUGGGCAAUGAUUUGUUAAUACAGUACUGCAAAAAAAAUUACUAAGGGACUCUAGAAGCAUUUUUAAUAAUGGAGAUGAGCACUUUUUCAAAUAGCAAAUGUACUAGUUUAGAGCUUGAGGCUACCUUUAAGAAAAGAUGUAGACAGGCGACAUUGUGUGAGAUUUGGGGUUAAAUAUUUUAUGUGGGAGAGUUAAUUACAUGGUUUACAUGUCAGUUACAUAUGCAGUGUGGUGCACAUUUUCAUAGAAUUCAUGCUUUAUUGAAAUGAUUAUUUUUGCCAUGUAGCUUACAGACUCCCAAACAUGCAUAUUAAUUCUUUCUAUCCCUGCAACAAGAACAAAUGUAAAUUGAAGAACCUUUAUAUUAAAAGAACUAAACUUUUACCAAGCUGCUAUAGAAUAAUACUUUGCUUGCCAAAGUUCUUGUCUUUUUUUAUGUCUGUAUGACAGUGUCUAGUGACCCAUUUUGAAAUCACUCUGAAAAUGUUAAUUCAUGUAUCCCUUUUAAAAACCUAAUACCUUUUGUCAUUAUAAAAUAUCUGUAAAGCAUGGUCUCAACUUUUAAGUACACUUUGGACUUCUUUUCUGAAUUUCAUUUAAAACACUAACUUCUGUCACCUCCUGUUUUCUUUUUUCAUUCAAAUGUUUUUCUUAUAUAUAUUAUAAAAAUGUAUUUUAUGACCUCUUACUGAAAUAAACACUUGUACAUGG